AUGGCUAAAUGGGGAUCAGUAAUGGUUCAGGAGCUCCGCUAUCGACCGAAAUUUCCAUUGGCUCUCAAUGACGUCACAUUCGAAAUUAAGCCUAAAGAAAAGGUUGGGGUAAUUGGAAGAACUGGUUCAGGAAAGUCGUCAAUAGGAAACGUAUUAUAUCGAUUGUACCCGUUGACAUGGGGUAGGAUAUUCAUUGACGGUGUCGAUAUUGCUACCAUUGGACUGCAUCGCCUCAGAAAAGCUAUGUCGGUCAUCCCUCAGGAUCCUGUACUGUUUGCUGGAACUAUUCGAUCCAAUCUUGAUCCUAAUAACAUAUUCACCGAUUCUGAAAUAUGGACAGCUCUAGAAAGAACAUAUCUAAAACCAACGAUCACUAAUUUCGAAAAGAAGUUGGAAGCAGAAGUAGCCAGUGGUGGAGAAAAUUUCUCUGUGGGUGAACGACAACUAUUAUGUCUUGCUAGAGCUCUUUUGACAAAAGCUAAAAUUGUUAUGCUGGACGAAGCGACAGCAAGUCUAGAUAUGUCGACGGAUAAGCUCAUACAAAAGGCAAUUAGGGAAGUGUUUGUGGAUGCUACAGUAAUUCUUAUUGCUCAUCGUCUAGAGAAUGUUUAUGGUUUGGAUAGGGUUUUGAUGAUGGAUGGUGGAAAGGUUGUUGAAUUCGACCGUCCUGAAGUGCUGUUAAGCAAAACUGCAUCGGAGCUGCAGAUUCUGGCAAGGGAGGCGGGCCGUGAUGAAAUUCUCGUAGAGUCUGAAGGUGCUGGUAGUGAGAGCUCGCCAGAAAUUAUGGACAAACCUGUCACCGGUGACAGUGAAAGUACGCCGGAAAUCAUCAACAAAGACGUAUCUCCGGACUCGGUUAGUAUACCGGAAAUGGUGGAGAAGCAAGAAAGUGAAGGCGAAGAGGACGACAGUGUCGAAAUUUUGGAUCGACCAGAGGUGAAUCAAUCAAGUGUCGACGACGACGAUCUAGAAAUGUUGAAUGUGCCGCCGAAAACAUGA